AUGUGCUUGGCAUCUGUGAAAUUGGGCGCGGCACAGCCGUGCGUCGUUCCUAAGGGCUUCUCGGUGUCAGGACGAGCGUGCUCACAGCUUGCUCGAAAAAAACGCGUGACACGCAGACGCGGGUCAGCCCAUGAUCUGUCAUGUGGUCUUCUUACACAAAAUGUUAUGGGUCUGGGAGCCGAAAACGAACGGCAAAGUCGCUGGUUUACGCAUUUUCGUCAAACUGUGCAAGAUGGCAUGCUGGACAUCACGUGCCUUCAGGAGACUAGGGUGCCUGUGAAUGGUACGGCAGCGGUGACGGAGCUGCAUCUUCUAUCUUGGGGCUUUGUCGCUGAUGGUGAAAAUCAGUUCUCGCUAUGGAGUCCGAGCGUGGGACGGUCCGGCGGUCUCGCUAUUCUUUUACGCCCGUACAGUCGGAUAUCUUCACUGCAGGCAUUCCAGAUGGAGCACUGGACCGCUCACUGGAAGGCUGCGACUGCAAUUCUGGGAGAUCGAGAGUUUACGAUUAUUAUUGUGUACGCGCCCGUGCUGAGGUCCGAGCGGUAG